UGUGUGGUGUAAAGAAAGAGGGUGAGACUUGAAGAAGAGAGUAGAGAGAGAGAGAGGAAAAGAAAAAAAAGCUCUCUUCUUUUUAAUUAAUGGGGCGAUACCCACCAUGAACACUUGUCUCUCACAUCUUCUUCCAUCUUCAUCUUCUUCUUCUUCUUCUUCUUCUCUUGGUGCCCUUGUUGCCCUUCUUGUUGUUGUGUGUGUCAGUGUGUGAGUCCCAGAUGCUCUGCAAAUGGGGAAAGGUGAGAAAAGCCUGCAGCAGCAGCAGCACAGCCACCAGAGUGACCAACCCCACGAUUCUGCUUCUGGGUUCGUCUGUCCUCAAUGUUCCAGAUGCUUCAACGGAAUCGCCCACCAGUUCAGCUUUCGAUGCGUCUUCGUUUUGAUUCUCGGGUUCUCGGUUUUUCUCUCCGGGAUCUUCUGGAUCCUUCCUCGACAUUCCGUCGAUAAUGGGUUCGAUGCCAAAGAGGCCAUUAAGCUCGGUGCCACAGUUCAGGCAUACUUCAGACUGGAAAAGCCAGUUCGAGAGCUUGUUCCACACAUCGGUCAAUUAGAAUACGAUAUCUAUGGGGAAAUAGGUGUCCCAGGUACAAAGGUGGCUAUUUUGUCCAUGCACCAAUACGGUGCAUCUAACUGGACUGAUGUGGUGUUCGGUGUUCUUUCCGAUGCCGUGAAUGUUCCGAUACUUCCAGUGCCCUUAAGUGUGCUGAAAUCAUCUUUGGUUGAGCUGUUCCUUAAGCAAUCUAAUCUUACAUUGACGGCAUCAACGUUCGGGCAACCAUAUAUGUUUGAGAUUCUAAAGUAUCCUGGGGGAAUCACUGUGAUUCCUGGGAAAGCUGCUUCACUCUGGCAGAUACCGCAGAUUCUGUUUAACUUUACUCUCAAUAAUUCAAUAACUGAAAUAGUGGAAAAUUUUGGUGAGCUAAAGGAGCAGCUGAGGUUUGGGUUGCAUCUAUGGCCUUACGAGGAUGUCUUUCUGCAAGUAACAAACACAUUGGGUUCAACUACAGAUUCCCCAGUUGAAGUUCAAGCUUCGCUUAUGUCUGCUUUUGGGGGACUUCUGCCACAGAGGUUGAAACAGUUAGCUCAGACAAUUACAGGCUCUCCUGCAAGAAAUCUCGGCCUUGAUAACUCCGUCUUUGGUAAGGUCAAAAGUAUCAGAUUAUCCUCCUAUUUGAAGGGUACACUUUUUGCCACCCCUCCAACUCCUUCUCCAGCUCCAUCACCAGAACUAAGUGAUACUGCAGGACCAUCAAUCUCUCCAAAUCCUGCUCCAACAGUUUACUCUUCAGCACCUUCACCCUCCAAGACUACACAUCCUCCUCGUCCAUGUUUUUACCAUGGUUCUACUCAUCCAAGCUCCUCACCGACUCCUCAUUUUAACCCUAGUAUCCCCCCUCCUUAUGCAUCUAGAACUUCGCCUUACUCACCUUCUAUGAGUCCCUCAUCUCAAGUGGCCCCACAUGCAUCACCCGUGCCCGGAGUGUCCUAUGCUUCUAGUCCAGGCUACAAGAAAAGUGCAAAAGGCUUGAGGUCUCCAUCACCCGCCCCAACCCCAUCAUCUUUAGCGGUAGGGCCUUUCUACAAAGAGAUACGAUUACUGGGAUUUUGUGGACUCUUCAUCUUUCAUCUCCUUUGUUGGUGAAGUUGAUGGUUCAUUUCCAUUAUACAACAGAAAAGUUGCAAGCAUAUGAAACACCGUAGCAUAAUGAUCUACCAUACUCAGUUUUGUUUCGGCGAGGAUGGCAGUGUGCCAAUGUAAAAGUUUGACAGAACAUGUCCCGUAAGCGAGACAUGUAAGUGAAUCAAGAGAUGAUUGCAGGUCAAAGCCAAAAGGUGGCAGGCCUUGCAUUUCACUUCUACAAUUUCUGAUCUCACUGAUGCAGGAUGUUCUUUUCAAAGGGAAACCUCUUGGAGAUAGUGUGUGUGUCUGUGACCAGUUGAAGCAUGCCCUGCAGAUUUUCCUAAAGGAACCGUUUCUUACAUUAAAUCAAUUGUAAAAUAUACAGGCUCUUUUGGAGCAUCUGCAAUGCCAGGCUAAGUAAAAUUGCUGCACCAAUUUGUAUAUAUACUUGUUCAUUCUCAAAAAGGAAAAUCAUAUAUACUUGUUAAAUGGCCA